AUGAAGUAUUUUGUUUUGGUCGGAGUCGGCGUCCUGUUACUUGCAGGAUGGUCACAUGCGCAAGAAGGCGUAGGCGUGGGGUCCGUGGAGGAGGUGACGGUGGACGCCGACCUCGGCGCGUCGCGCGAAGCUUCCCGAACUGAUGCCGAGGCGGUGUUACGAGAGGAGGAGGCCAUUUCGCCGGACGAGCUGAGCGUGGCACAGAUGAGAGAGAUAAAGGAGCGCGCACAGAACUAUACAUUCCAGACGGAAGUCAACCGAAUGAUGAAACUCAUCAUCAACUCGCUGUACAGGAACAAAGAGAUUUUCCUCCGAGAGUUGAUUUCAAACGGAUCAGAUGCUCUGGACAAGAUCCGUCUGCUGUCACUUACGGAGCGAGACGUACUGGACGCCAACUCCGACCUAAGCAUUCGCAUCAAGGCCGAGCCGGAGAAACGACUCCUGCACAUCAUCGAUUCCGGUAUCGGCAUGACUCGCAAUGAGCUCAUCAACAACCUCGGCACCAUCGCCAAAUCCGGCACCGCCGAGUUCCUGUCCAAGAUGCAAGACGCGGAGAAGAGCGGCGCGCAAGAGAUGAACGACAUGAUCGGCCAGUUCGGCGUGGGCUUCUACUCCGCCUUCCUCGUGGCCGACAAGGUCACCGUGGUCUCCAAGAGCAACACCGACAAGCAGCACGUCUGGGAGUCCGACGCCAGCGCCUUCAGCGUCGCCGAGGACCCGCGCGGGGACACUCUGCGCCGCGGCACGCACAUCACGCUGCACGUGAAGGAGGAGGCGGCGGACUACUUGCAGCCCGACACCAUCCGCAACCUCGUGAAGAAAUACUCGCAGUUCAUUAACUUCCCCAUUUACUUAUGGGCGUCGCGCACGGAGACCGUCGAGGAGAGCGACGCCGACGCCGACGCAGAAGACAAGGCCGACGACGAGGACGCACAGGUCGAAGAUGCCGCUGAAGAGAAACGCGAAACCAAAAAGACUGAAAAAACAGUUUGGGACUGGGAGCUCAUGAACGACAAUAAGCCCAUCUGGACGCGCAAGCCUAACGAAGUCAACGAGGAAGAGUACACUCAGUUCUACAAGAGCCUAACAAAGGACACUUCGCCUCAGCUAGCCAAGGCCCACUUCGUGGCGGAGGGCGAGGUGACGUUCCGCGCGCUCCUGUUCGUGCCGCGGGUACAGCCGGCCGACUCGUUCAACCGCUACGGCACUAAGACGGACCACAUCAAGCUCUACGUGCGCCGUGUCUUCAUCACCGACGAGUUCAACGACCUCAUGCCCAACUACCUCGCCUUCAUCCAGGGUAUCGUGGACAGCGACGACCUGCCGCUGAACGUCAGUCGAGAAACGUUGCAGCAGCACAAGCUCAUUAAGAUCAUCAAGAAGAAGCUCGUACGCAAGGUGCUCGACAUGCUCAAGAAGAUCCCUGACUCCGAGUACGAGGGCUUCUGGAAGGAAUACUCCACCAACAUCAAGCUGGGCGUCAUCGAGGACCCGAGCAACCGCUCGCGCCUGGCCAAGCUGCUCCGCUUCCACUCGUCGCGCGGCGAGCAGAUGACGUUCCUGGCCGACUACGUGGCGCGCAUGAAGCCCAACCAGAACCACAUCUACUACAUCGCCGGCUCCAGUCGCGCCGAGGUUGAGAAAUCUCCGUUCGCUGAACGUCUAGUACGUCGCGGUUACGAAGUGCUGUACCUGACGGAGGCCGUCGACGAGUACUGUCUGUCCUCGCUGCCCGAGUACGACGGCAAGAAGUUCCAGAACAUCGCCAAGGAGAUCUUCGACCUGGAAGAGAACGAGCAGCAGAAGGAGCGCCUGGAGGCCUACAAGAAGCAGUUCGAGCCGCUCACGACGUGGCUCGGCAACAAGCUGGGCGCCUGGAUCACGCGCUGCGUCGUGUCGCGGCGCCUGGCGCGCUCGCCCGCCGCGCUGGCCGCCACGGCCUUCGGCUGGACCGGCAACAUGGAGCGCCUCGCGCUCUCCAACGCGCACCAGAAGGCCGACGACGCGCAGCGCCGCCAUCACCUCACGCAGAAGAAGAUGCUGGAGAUCAACCCGCGCCACCCGCUCAUCGCCGAGCUCCUGCGGCGGGUGCAGGAGGCCCCGGACGCGCCCGAGACGGCGCUGGCCGCCGACACGCUGUACCGCACGGCGGCGCUGCGCUCGGGCUACAUGCUGCAGGAGGGCCAGGCCGUGGACUUCGCCGCCGCCGUCGAGGACAUGCUGCAGCAGUCGCUGGGCGUGCCCGCCGGCGCCGCGCCGCCCGACGACGACGCGGACGACGAGGCCGACGACCAGGCCGAGGCCGACGCGGCGCCGGAGGAGGCCGACGAGGUGGCGGCCGAGGACCACGACGAGCUGUAG